AUGAAUGACAACAUCCUGGACCCGGCAUCCCAGGCCAACCUGGGGGUCGUCUCGGCCACCUGCGUCUCCAAGGUGGAGCUCCGCGUCUGCUGCAAGCACCUCCUUGACCGGGACACCCUCAACAAGUCGGACCCCUGCGUCGUCCUCCUCAUGCAGUCCCAAGGACAGUGGGUCGAGGUGGACAGAUCCGAGGUCAUCCGAAGCAACCUGAACCCCGUUUUCGCCAAGGUCUUCAUGGUGGACUAUUACUUCGAGGAGGUGCAGAAGCUGCGCUUCGAAGUCUACGACAUCCACGGACACAGCGGCCUGGGCACCCACGAUGACGACUUCCUGGGAGGCAUGGAGUGCACGGUGGGGCAGAUCGUGGCUCAGAAGCGGGUGAGCAAGCCACUCUUCCUCAAGUAUGGGAAAUCUGCCGGCAAGUCCACCAUGACAGUGACCUCGGAAGAGAUUUCUGGAGACAACGGCUUUGUGGAGUUGUUCUUUCGGGCAAAGAAGCUGGAUGACAAGGAUCUUUUCAGUAAAUCCGAUCCCUUUCUGGAGAUCUAUCGGAUCAAUGAUGAUGGAAGUGAGCAGCUGGUACACCGGACGGAGUUUGUCAAGAACAACCUGAGCCCCAUCUGGGAGCCCUUCAAGGUCUCCCUGAAUUCCCUCUGCAGCUGUGAAGAGAAGCGGAAGCUGAGGUGUGUCGUCUUCGACUACGACUCCCGAGGGAAGCACGACUUCAUCGGAGAGUUCUACACCACCUUCGAGGAGAUGCAGAAAGCCACAGGCGGCAACAAGAUCCAGUGGGACUGCAUGAAUCCCAAGUACAAACUGAAGAAGCGGAACUACCGGAAUUCAGGCGUGGUCAUUCUGCUGGACCUGAAGAUCCACAGGGUUUACUCCUUCCUGGAUUACAUCAUGGGCGGCUGCCAGAUCCACUUCACGGUAGCCAUUGACUUCACAGCCUCCAACGGGGACCCCCGAAACAGCUGCUCCCUGCACUACAUCAACCCUUACCAACCCAACGAAUACCUGAAGGCCCUGGUGGCCGUGGGGGAGAUUUGCCAAGACUACGACAGUGACAAGAAAUUCUCUGCCUUGGGCUUUGGAGCAAGGAUCCCCCCCAACUAUGAAGUCUCCCAUGAUUUUGCCAUUAACUUCAGUGCCGAGGACGAUGAGUGUGAAGGCAUCCAGGGGGUGGUGGAGUCGUAUCAGAGUUGCUUGCCCAAGAUCCAGCUCUACGGCCCAACCAACGUGGCUCCCAUCAUCACCAAAGUGGCCAAAGUGGCCGCAAAUGAAGAAAAGACCCAGGAAGCUUCGGCUUCGCCCACCGCUCUGGCCAAGUGUGUGCUGGCAGAGGUGCCCAAGCAGGUGGUGGAAUAUUACAGCUCCAAGGCCUUACCCCCCCGUGGCCCCCAAGGGAGCACCCCUGGCUCUGCUUUGAACUCACCGCAGUGACCCACCGGCCCACCUGCGUCCGUCUCCCCUCCUUGUGCUCGUUCUCCAGAAAUCAAGACCCCCCCGAGAGCUUCUCUGUCCCCCAUGCAGAGCAGGAUGCCUUCUGUGCCCCCCUGGCCGUUUGGGCACCGGGACAGCGAAGUUGUGCAAGAGGCCAGCAAGUCCAGGAAAGGCCCUGGGAUGAGGGAGGGCAGGUGGGCAGCAGAUGCUCCAAGCUGAGCAAUGCCAAAGGGGCAGCAGGAUGGC